AUGAUUGCUUCGUCAGAAUCAUCUCUAGUGCCGGCUCCAUCCCAAUGUUCCGGACCCCAUGGUAUGACUCCAGGACUCUGCCCCGACUACCCACACUCGCCGUCUGCAUCUAAACCAGUUGGGCAGCACAUGGGGCAUACAGGAACCCAGGGUAACUCCAUGACUUCUCGGGGGUCUCAUCAGAGUCACCAGUGGGAUAUCAAUGACAGCACUUUGCCAGUGACUGAAGCGCAUGACUCCUUCGAGCUGUGGCCGAGCGGUCACUACCGGCGAGUGUACAGAGGCGACAGCGAUGAUGCAAGAAGACACGUCAGUGGCUGGGCUAUGCGGAACACCAACAACCACAACGCCCUCAUUCUCAAGAAGUCUUGCCUGGGUGUGCUCGUCUGCUCGCUGGACUGUCUGCUAGACUCUGGCAGAAAGGUGCACUUAAGGCCGGCGAUUUGUGAUAAGGCACGGAGGAAGCAAAUUGGUAAGCCAUGUCCAAACCCGGGAUGCCAGGGAAAGCUGACACUUCUCUCCUGCCGCGGACAUUGUGGUUACCCAGUGACCCACUUCUGGAGACACGUCAACAAUUCCGUGUUUUUCCAGGCCAAAGGUUAUCACGACCACCCUAGACCGGAAGUGAAAUCCUUGUCGGACAAGGGCAGACACGCCUUCUCCAAACAGCUUCGCCAGGAUGGGGAGCGUAUCUUUUCCAUGCCAACAAAACGACGAUUUCCUGUGCACACAAGUGACGACGAUCCAGAAAGAAAGAUUUACAUACCUUCUGGAGAAGAGGUCAUGUGUUCCUGUCCACCCUUUGAGUGUGUCUGCCCCAAAUCUGCCCAGACCAAGAACACAUUCAUGCCUUCAGCGUUCGGCUUUAUCAGAGACUCUCCCUCGCACACGUACCUGCCUCACAGAUCUCCCUCUGUGUCAGGACUGGGGAUGGAGCAGUUAACCCACGGACCUUUCACGCAAAUAAACAUCACCAACACAUGCCUGCCUGCUCCAGGUCUAGAGGUUAGCAUUCCAGGCAUUGAUAUAUACAAAAACUGCUCAAAGUUCGCCCCACAUAGCUACUAUCAUGACAAUGAUAUGAAAAUCUUCAGAUACGGCAGCGGCGAAGUCAUCAAUAACCCACUGCCCCAUGGUCAGCACUUUGGUAGAAGCCCCAUGGAUGAUUUGAGAUCUCCUCAAGUCGCCAACUGCCCGAGCUCGGCAGGUCUCCAGCAUAUGAACUCAAUGCCCCGAAACUUCAGUAGUAGCGCUGGCACAUGUAAUCAACCCAAUAUUUAUAUCAACGAUGGUAGGGACGACUAUAGCAGGUACCGGAUCAACCCUUCUCAUUGUUACAACAAAGGUCGGGGUAUGGCAGGAAGUCUUGAAGAUAGGUCACAUGCUUUAGGCUUAUCCUUGAAAACAGAACCGACUGAGCAUGUUUUCAGAGACAUGCCAUCUUCACCACACGGAGGACAGACUCGAAACUAUCAUCCUGAAUCCAUGUACAACUCAGUUUCCCCCAGUUUCAACUCCCACUCAAUGUUAUCCCCCAAGAACUGUUGA